CAUCAUCAUCACCACCACCACCCAUCGCAGCGACGACAUUCACCACCUUCCCGCUCCCCACCACACGACCUGUCGCCACGCGCCUCACAACGAGCCCCCCUACUCGGAGCUGCUACAGCUGUCGCAAUUCGCACACGCUCACAAGCCCACGCUUGCUACCUUCCUACCAUCCAUCCCGCCAGACAGACAGACAGACAGACAGACAAGCCCGCCAGCACCAUGCGCCUCCUCCUCUACAUCCCCAUCUUCCUCUCCCUCCUAUCCUCCGCCGCCGCGCAAUUCGGCUUCUUCGACCAAAUGUUCGGCGGCGGCGGCGGCGGCUCUCAGCACGAUGACGACGACGACCACCCGCACCACCAGCACCAGAAGCGCCAGGCCAACAACCCGAGCGACGCCUCGAUCUACCGCGCGCACUACGAUCAGUCCUCCUGCGACAAGUACCUCUGCCCCGACACCCUCGCCUGCGUCCACUUCCCGCACCACUGCCCCUGCGCCUGGGACUCCCACCAGGACAAGGUCGAGCUCGCCGACGGCCUCCGCGUCUGCGUCUCCAAAGGCGGCUUCCGCCCCGGCGAGGCCGCGCGCAAGAUUGAGCUCGCCCGCAAGGGUCUCUUAUAAGUAAAUCAUCUCAUCUGAUUUUGUUUUCACGGGCAUCGGCGUGGCGUGGCGUGGCAUGGCAUGGCAUGGUUUCAUUCUUCCUUGACAAGGAAAAGAAAGGGGAGGGGGAGGAGGAGGAGACGGCGUAUUGGUAUAUAACGGGAGGUCCUCUAUGUAUACUACGAAUAUCGGCGCAACAAACAACAAACACGAUGGGCCGCACACCACAAAAGGCGGUAGCGAGCAAUCCCACCAGGUCGUCGUCGACAGACUCAAGUUUCUUGUGCAAACAAUGCUCCUCGUGGUUGAAGCUCGCUCUACCACACUCUCUCUCUCUGCAAUCGUCUUUCCCCUCCCCUUCUUCUUCCUCCUUCAC